AUGCCUCGACAAAAGUCCAUCGCGUACAGGCUUGCACCGAAGUUUGCAACGGUGCUCUUGGACUCGGCUGGCUGGACGACGCGUAGGAAGCCCUCUGCUCAGCCUUUGGACAAGAGCCGGCAAGCGUCGCCAACUGACGCAUCCGCAAAACCUGGCUGGUCCUAUGGUUCCGGGUCAAGGAGCUCCCUCGGCAGCCGCUCAGCCAGCCGAUUGAGCGUCGUCGAGGGAGGUACCUACGAUUCGGACCAUCAUACAGUCCCUCCCUCUACAGACGACGAGGGUCGCCUGUCCCGGUAUCGCUCGGUGGGCGGUGGCGGUGCAUCUACCUCAAGCUUGGUUGCAUCCGACACCGACAACGAGAACGAUAAACGGAAAGGCAAACGUCGUCAAAGACCUGUAGAUGAGGGACGCUUUGGUGAGGAAGAAGAGGACGACUCGCCCGGUCUUGUGGUGCUUUCGUUGAGCGACGACGAAGUGCAAGGGGCCCCUGUCAGAUCCGUGGGCCAUCCGCCGCGCAAAAGGCACGCAACAGGGAAGAAGAAGGCUCGACCUUCAAGGUUUGUUCCGCAGAUCGAUAUUGGCCCGAGCGAAACGCUGCUUCCGGUGGGCUUGGUUCCAAAAAAGCGUCCCAGAUAUCUUGCGAGGACUCACUAUGCAAAUAAAGUGAGCGAGACGAAGCACAUCGAAAAUCCGCUGGCCAUGGACUCGCAAGGAUACGUGGAUCCAAUCGAGGCAUACAAGCGGCUCCUGCAACCGCCGAACCUGCAUGUGCAGAGGUUUGACGGCCUCUUCGUUCCAUUGUCGGACAAGGCAGUUGUAGAGGUGACAAACGGUAUCGUGCAAAAUGUGACCUGCUGUAUUCGCAGGUGCGUUCCGACUGUGGGGCGUCCUGUCUGGGGUCAAUUGGGUUCUCCCUGCGGAACCGUCGUUCGCACUUGGGACAGCUACCGUCGCCACGUAAUCUGCGUCCAUCUUGGGUGUGGACGUCCGGGCAAAAAGGAGACAUUGCAACAGUCCAUCCAGGCGAGACUCUCAGCGGCCCAGCCGUCCGCGAGGAGAAAGAGAAAGCGUGUGGACUCUGACGAAGAUUCAAGCGUCGACUCUGGAUGCGAGCCUCUGGGUGCGGAAGAGGAGGAAGAAGACUGA